AUGAAUCUUAUUGGCUUAUUUGUUUACUAUCCAACCGAAAUUAUACAACGGAAAACUUUUCAUGAAACAAGGAAAUGUGUGGAACGACGAAUUUUGUUAUUACGGGAAAAUAUCAGACAAGAAGAUAUUUUAUUAUCAGUACUUCCACGACAUAUUGCCAAUGAUGUUCGGAAGGAUAGAGCUUUAGAAGGACAAUCAGCAACAAUGUUUCAUAAAAUUUAUAUACGGAAACAUGAUAUUAUCAGCAUACUUUUUGCGGAUAUUUGUGGUUUUACUAAUUUGGCAUCGGAAUGUAACGCGGAUGAAUUGGUGCAAUUGCUAAAUCAUCUCUUUGCGCGUUUUGAUCAUUUAGCAUACCGUAAUCAUUGUAUGAGAAUUAAAAUUCUUGGUGAUUGUUACUAUUGCGUUUCCGGUUUACCGGAUUAUCAGGCAAAUCAUGCACAAUGUGCAGUUGAAAUGGGAUUAGAAAUGAUUGAAGUAAUUAAAUUAGUACGGGAAGUAACCGGCGUCAAUGUAGACAUGCGAGUUGGCAUUCAUACCGGUCGAGCUCAUUGCGGUGUACUUGGCCUGAAAAAAUGGCAAUUUGAUGUAUGGAGCGAUGAUGUCACUUUGGCAAAUCAUAUGGAAAGCGGUGGAUUACCCGGACGUAUUCAUAUAACCGAUGCAACUUUAAAAUGUUUGGGUGGUAUUUAUCAAGUUGAGGAAGGUUACGGUGAAAAACGUUCGAAGUAUUUAGCUGAGCAUAAAGUGAAAACAUAUUUCAUCGUUGAUGAUGAUAGUAAACAUACGGAAAUAACAUCACGUAGAGAUAUACCACUUGGUGAAAAGGCUUACGUGUUACUGGUUACAGUCAUAAAAUGCGCAAAUAAACGUUGGGAAAAUGUAACGCCAAGGCGAUCAAUAUCACGUCAUGAACAACAACAACAAGAACAACAACAAGAACAAGAACAACAACAAAAACAACAAAAACAACAACAGCAAGAACGACAACAACAACAACAACAGCAAUCUGUGGAUGUUGAAGUUGAUAAUUAUUUAAUGCAAGGUAUUCGAGCAAUCAGUAAGGAUGCAUGGAAAAAUAUGUAUUGCAAAAGGGUUACAUUAAAAUUUCGGCGUAAAAAAAUGGAAACUAAGUUUAUGGAAUUCAAAGAUGAUGCAUUUCUCAUCCAACUAAUGUAUGUAAUUGUUAUCGCUGGCCUACUACUAUCCGCAAUAUUACUCCUUGAAGAUCACAGGAAUUAG